ACAACCAAAUACUUAAACAACUACACACACAACACCUACUAGAGAUGGAAACCUACACCUCUAAAUCAGUAGCAACUCUUCUUAUACUUCUCACAUUCAUCUCCUCCUCCAUCCACUCGGGCAGCGCCGCCAGACCCGCCGGCGGCGCCACCAACACCGAGUUCAUCCGAACAUCCUGCUCCGCCACAACCUACCCCAGACUCUGCUACUCCGCCCUCGCAAGCCACGCAAGCACCAUCCAGCAAGACCCCAAGCUCCUCGCCCACGCCGCCCUCUCAGUCAGCCUCGACACCGCUCGCUCCACAUCCGUCGACAUGGUCAAGCUCUCGCGCUCCACCGGCAUGACUCCGCGGCAGGUCGGCGCCAUGCGGGACUGCGUAGAGGAGCUUAGCGAUUCAGUCGAGCAGCUCAGAAAAUCCGUGGAGGAAAUGAACCUAAUGAAGGGGUCCAACUUCGGGAUGAUGAUGAGUGAUAUCCAGACUUGGGUGAGCGCCGCCUUGACGGACGACGACACCUGCAUGGAUGGCUUCGCCGGAAAAUUCAUGAACGGCGCCGUCAAGACGGCGGUUCGGGGGAGGAUCGUGAACGUGGCGCAUAUGACGAGCAACGCAUUGGCGCUCAUCAACAGCUUCGCUGCCCUCCAUGGUUAAAAAUUCACAGUUAACUACAUUGUUCGUUAAAUUUCCGUUAGUGAACGAUAUAUAUAUAUAUAUAUAUAUAUGAUUACAGUUACUAAAAUCAAUUGAAACCGGGCUAAAUUUUGGACUAUCACAGAAAUCCAAAAGAUUUAGUCUA